AUGGCGAAUUUGAAAGACCUGAAUGAGCCAUUCUAUGUGCGGUACUACUCUGGCCACUCCGGUCGAUUUGGCCAUGAAUUUUUAGAAUUUGACUUCAGAGUGAUCGGAGACGGUCGAAGCGCAACGGCGAGAUAUGCAAACAAUUCAAAUUACCGCAAUGAUUCCCUCAUCCGCAAAGAGAUGUGUGUCAGCGCCCUCCUCGUUUCAGAGAUCAAGCGCAUCAUCAAAGACAGUGAGAUCAUGAAGGAAGAUGACUCGCGGUGGCCACAAAAGAACAAAGAUGGAAGACAAGAGCUUGAGAUCAGACUGGGAAAUGAACACAUCCAAUUUGAGACCGCAAAGAUAGGCUCGCUCGGGGACGUGACAGACUCAGCCGAUCCAGAAGGGCUGCGUGUGUUCUACUAUCUGGUGCAGGAUCUCAAAGCUCUAGUGUUCUCUCUGAUAUCUCUACAUUUCAAGAUCAAACCCAUUUAG